AUGCUGUUCAUUAGUUCUUAUGGUGAUAGUGUUUCAUUUGAUCUUUAUGGUAAUGAUGGUUUGUUUGGUCCUUAUAGUGAUGGUGAUUCGUCUGGUCCUUAUGGUAAUUGUGAUUCAGCUGAUCCUUUUGAUAAUAGUGAUUUGUUUGAUACUUCUAGUGAUGGUAAGAUCACAGAUGAAAGUAAUAUUAGUAUAGAUUUGGGAUUAUUUGGUAUGAAAGAAUUUGGUGAAGAAGAAAAAAUAAAACGUGGUUGCUAUAUGACAGAAAAGACUUCAAGAUCAAGUUAUUAUGAAAAAUAUGGACCAACCAGUUCAUUUACCAAGGCAACCAUUAAUACUAAAAAAAUUACAAGUGUUUUUAAAAUUGGUAAUCAAGCUACAAUUAUACGACCUGAUGAAAUAGAGCAAAUUUCAA